CUAUAGGCAGUCCUCAGUCCUCAGUCCUCAGUUCUCAGUUCGCAGCUUCGUUCGGAAGUGCGAGUUUGUUGCUGGAUAGAACGCGCCGGUUGUUCUCAGGUGCGCCGUUUCUCGGGACGAGGGUGAUUGAAAAAGAAAAAGGGAAGAAAUCUAAAGAAAGAGAAAAAAUCGGAAAGUGUGUCACAAUUGCCUCGCAUCGACUAACGUUCGCGUUGUCGCGCGAAAGUUUGGUGAUUCUCCAGCAGAUUGUAGCGCGUCAGUGAGCGCUCUUCGUUUCGCGAGAUAUAGAACGAAAACAACACGCAUAAACAAAAAUUAUAAUCUUGCCCGAUCGACCGUCAGUCAGGUGUUGUACCGGAAAAAUUUCGAACGUUGUAAAAAACAAUCGAGUAGUGUUUUUACAUUACGGUUCCAAGAUCAUCGAAGAGGACAAAGAAUACUCGGUGAGCCAUGGCGGAAGCCCAUUCUGCCGUUGCUUUCAGUUUUUCCAUAACCCACGAAGGAUGGGACGUAAACUUCGAUAGGGAGGUUCUCGACCUCAUUUGGCAAUCGGGCAUAAGGUCAUGGAAAAAAAGAUUUUUCAGAUUUCACAACAACUUGAAGACUGGAGUUUAUCCAGCCUCUUUGGGAAGCCUUUGGCUCACUAUAAUCCUCGUCACAGCAAUACAUUUUGCUGGGUACAAAGUCCCCUACGAUCUCGUUGGCAAAGUUGCUCCUUAUUUAUCCGGGUCUUCCAUAUCUGCUCAUCUUGCUGGUUCAAUAGUUGUCGGAUUUGUUCUCUGGCUCGUGACUAUCUAUGCGCUGCGUUAUACCCUCAAGUUGGUGCUGAUGUACAAAGGAUGGAUUUUCGAGUCGAGAGGUCGAAAACCCUCGCUUUCCACAAGGGUGUGGCUUAUACUUGUGAAGCUGCUUUCCGGCUGGAACAAACCGAUGUUGUACAGCUUCCAAGGCUCGCUUCCUCGAUUGCCAUUGCCCACGGUCCGAGACACGAUGCAAAGAUACUUGAGGAGCGUUCGACCUCUACUGGACGAUGAAAAUUACACUCGCAUGGAAAAGCUGGCUAAGGAAUUCGAGACUGGAAUAGGCUCGAAACUGCAACGAUAUUUGAUACUGAAAUCUUGGUGGUCGAGCAACUACGUUUCUGAUUGGUGGGAAGAAUACGUUUAUUUGCGUGGACGGUCACCGAUCAUGGUCAACUCCAAUUUUUAUGGUAUCGAUGCUAUUCUCAUGUACCCCACGAAGAUUCAGACUGCUCGAGCAGCCAGCAUAAUUCACUCUUGUCUGCAGUACAGACGAUUAAUCGAGCGACAAGAACUCGAACCGAUAAUGCUACAAAAUAUGGUUCCUCUAUGCUCCUGGCAAUACGAAAGGCUGUUCAACACAACGAGGGUUCCAGGAUUGGAGACCGACAAAAUAGUACAUUUCAACGACUCGAAGCAUAUCGUUGUUUACAACAGAGGGAGAUAUUAUAAAGUGCUUAUUUACCACAAAAACAGAAUAUUGCAGCCAUGUGAGAUCGAGAUACAAAUGGCGUACAUAUUGAACGAUAAAUCGUCGCCGUCUCCAGGUGAAGAGAGGCUCGCAGCGCUUACAGCUGGGGAGAGACAAGCUUGGGCCGAAGCUCGUGAAAAUUUCUUCGCCAAGGGAAUCAACAAAAACUCACUUGAUUUGAUCGAAAAGGCAGCUUUCAUCGUCGCCCUCGAUGACGUACCGUACGAAUACGAUCCUGCACAUCCCGAAAAAUUGGACCAGUACGGUCGGAUUUUGCUUCAUGGAAAAGGACACGACCGAUGGUUCGAUAAAUCAUUCACUUUGUGUUUCGGUACCAAUGGACGGAUUGGAUUCAAUGCCGAGCACUCUUGGGCAGAUGCUGCAGUGAUGUCACACUUAUGGGAAUAUGCCGUGUCCGAGGAAGCCAUAAAGAGCGUAUACAAAGAAGACGGACACACGAAAGGAACUCCGGAAUUCGAUCCCCCCGUGCCGGCCCGUUUGCAAUGGAAUCUUUCUGCUCCGUGCAUCGAAGCUAUCGAAAGUUCUUAUCAAGUUGCUGACAAACUUCUCAACGAUGUCGAACUCCGUAUUUACGUACAUGAUAUUUAUGGAAAAGGUUUCAUGAAAACUUGCAAAAUGUCACCUGAUGCUUACAUUCAAAUGGCACUUCAAUUAGCUUAUUAUCGAGACGCCGGGAAAUUCAGUCUUACUUACGAAGCCUCCAUGACGAGGCUUUACCGGGAAGGGAGAACCGAAACCGUUAGACCUUGCACAAUUGAGUCCUGUGCGUGGGUCAAAUCGAUGGAAGAUCCUACGAAAACCGUACAAGAAAGGUUCCAGUUGUUGCAAGACGCAGCAGUCCAACAUCAAAGGAGUUAUCAAGUAGCAAUGUGCGGUGGUGGAAUAGAUAGGCAUCUAUUUUGUCUCUACGUAGUAUCAAAAUACUUGGAAGUUGAUUCGCCAUUUUUAAGGGAAGUUUUAAGCGAGCCUUGGAGACUUUCAACGUCACAGACACCACAUGGACAAACCGCAAGAUUGGACCUCAAAAAAUUCCCAAAGUGUAUUUCGGCGGGAGGUGGAUUUGGUCCAGUCGCCGAUGAUGGUUACGGAGUAUCUUAUAUAAUAGCAGGAGAAGAUUUAAUCUUCUUCCACAUAUCGAGCAAACGUAGUUGUGAUAAUACGAGUGCUUCGAGGUUCGCCUUGAGAAUAGAAGAAGCGUUGGCCGACAUGAAAUCGCUCUUUCAGACACAGAAAAAAUUACAAAAUCAUUGAAAAAAGAAGUCGCUUGACAAACCGACGGAAAAAUAUGAGAUCGUCAAACGAGGUAGCUCAUUAUUGGGUACGAAGACGGCGUAAGAUUGUAAAUAUAUAAAAAAUAGUGCAAUAGCACAUUGUUUUGCACGUGGUCAGAAGUGAAAUUCAAUACUUUUCAUUCAAUUUGUGUAUACGGAGAAAGAAAGAGGAACUGGCUUGUUUCGCGGCAUUUUAUACCGAGCGGAACGUGACGUAGGAAUCCUAAAACCAUCAAAUCAUGAACAAAUUACAACGAUUCCGGUACAAUAUUGGCAACGACACAUUUUCGAAAGUUUUACGCUACCGCAAAAUACUUGAAACCUUUAUGGAUUAGCGUUUAAAGUAGAAUUUUAAAAGAAGUUAUAUUUAUCUCGGGACAUAGCGAUCUACCGAGACGUUUUUUUAAUACGCAAUCUCAGAUACGAGAACUGAGGAGAAACGCACAAAUUACGGAUAGUAGCUUCGCAUAGGUUUUUGUUUUAAUUAUGAAAACAGUUUACAACCUUUUAUAUUCGCAAUUGAGUUCGUUGUCUUUGCGAAGCGAUGACACGAAAAAUACGAGUUUCCCACUAUCCCGUGUGCAAAUUUUCCUUCCCUACCACGACGAUGUGGAACCUUAUCAAUGCAAAUUAUUUUAAUAUAAUAUAUAUAUAUAUAUAAACUAUUAUACUAUAAUUAUUUUAUACACGGGAUUUUAACGUGACGAUAUUUCUACAUAUUAUUGCAAAGUAAUUACUUCUGUUAAAAGUAUACAGAUGUAUACAUACCUUUUUACGUGGUUCGAAACUUUGUAAGAACCAUUCAAUGUAUUUUUUAAAAAUUGUUUCAUUCUUUUGGGUAGAACUUAGUAACUAUUAAGGAUUAUUUAAUUGAAUAGGAAUAAAUCAUGGACCUGAAUAAUCGUCGAAUUGCUUUUAACUCAGAAGCUAGAGCUAAAAUAAUGCAUUCGAUAAUUUUCUGUUUGUUUUUUAUUGUGAUUGAUUUCGGUUUAUUGUUUAUUGUACGAAACUUAAAUUGUUUUAGGCAAUAUUAUGUACAGAUUCAAUGUUUUUGGCAAAUUAGUGAAUAUACAAUAUUUUCAAACUCAA